AUGAUAGCGGUGGCUAAGGGUAUCUCCCUACUCCUAGAACUUCAGGAAGAUGAAACCACGAGUUUGCUUUUAGAAUUUCUGGGAAAUGCGGGGAAAUUGAUGGCGGGCUUACACCAUCAACAGUCAACAAUGAGAAGAGCCUUCAUUCUGCCAGGUGUCGAUGAAAAAUAUAGAGAGCUACUGAAGAAAUCGGAGAUAACGGUUGAUCUUUUCGGCAACGAACUAUUCAAGCGCCUCAAACAUACAAAAUCCCUAGAAAAGGUAGUGGAAGACCUCACUCCUCACUCUCAUAACAAAAAACCACUAAAAUCAUCGAACUGGGGAAAUAAGAAAAGUCUGCCAAUGAGAUCAAAGGGCCACUCACAGCAGGCUCGAAAAUCGGGAGGCCCUCUAAGGUCCCUGAAAUUCAAGGACCGUCAAAGGAGCUCGUACUGGAACAGCACCAGCGCAAAAACGACGAGACCCAGCUAUCGCAGUCAGCAUCACAGACGUUAG